AAAUGGAGGAAUUUCCAGUUGGAAUGUUUUGACAACUCAAUUGUUUGUUUCCUUUUAGCAUUUUGAUAUUUAUUUAACUUGGACAGAAUUCAUUGGAUAAUUAUUUAGUUUUACGUUCCAAAGAUUAAAAGAUUAAAAUGGAGGAUGGAUUUGACGAUACGAGUUCAUUUGCAAUAAUGACACUCGACGAGAGGCUGAUUGAAUUAGUACGGAGCCACAAAAUACUUUACAACAAACAUUGCGUCGGAUAUAAAGGCCUUGAGGCAAAAAAGGAAGCAUGGAACGCAAUCGGCGAGCAGUUAGAGACCACACCGGAUGAAUGCGCAAAAAGGUGGACGAGUAUACGAGAACGUUAUUCCAGGGAACUGAGAAAACUUGAAAAACAUUCACGAAGUAAAGAGCAUGUAGUUAUAGACUGGCCCUAUUUUAGCUCGCUUUCUUUUCUCAGAGAAUUUGUCAAGCCAAGAGGUCCUCGAAGUGCAAGCAAUGACACGCGGGGUUGGAAGUCUCCUGCACCACUAAAAAAGUUCAAAAGCUUUAGUGCUGAAAGUAAUGAAUUUUCCGAUGAAAGCAAUCCGCUAGAAGAUAUCUGCAUACCGAAAGUUGAGAUGCCAAUAGAAAUUCAAAAUGCUGUACAAUCCUUUGGUCAAACUGUAGCUGCAAUUCUAUCAGAAAUGAGUGAAGCAAAGCAAGCAAGGGCAAUGCGCGUGUUAUUUAAUGCUUUAAUAUCUAUUAAAACAGCACCCGAAGAAACUUGAAUUAAGACAAGUACGGUUUUAGUUUUCACCUUUCUUGUAUGCGUCUACAAUUUGGUGUAUUUACAAUUGCAGUAUAUAUUGGUCUUACUAAUAAUAAGCGUCUUCUUGCUAGAAAUUUACCUAAGGGCUCAUUGAAGCUAGUGUAAUAGGGCACUAACUGCAUUUUUCUGUAAAUAAAUACAUAUUUUAAUUAACAUUAA